AUGACCGAAUGUCUCAUCCACUAUGAUCGUGAUGUGUAUCAUGCUGGAGAUAGUGUGACCGGAGUCGCGAUUCUCACCAUCACCAAAGAUGUUCGAGCACGUAAUGUGAAAGUGAUAUGCAUCGCAGAAAAAGGAUUCAUACCACGAAAAGCACGCGGCGGUACCAGAGUACUCCCGAUGUUCGAAGAUUAUAUUGUUCCAUGGAAAGCCGAGAACGGAUUUAACAAAAUCACCGUAGGAGAAUACCGGUUCCCGUUCAACUUCCAACUGCCUCAAAAUUCACACAACUCGUACUAUCAUCGUGGAGAUGGUUACAUGCAAUACUAUGUCAACGUAAAAGUCAAUCGUCCGCUCCGCUGGGAUUUUGCGAAGAGAAAGUUGUUCCGAGUCGUAUCACCACCAACCAAUUCGCCUUCUAUUUUCCCAUCAACGACUGCUCAACCUCCGAGAUAUACAUCGACAGCUUCAUUACACCAACCUCCGAGAUAUUCAUCCGUCGACGGAACUCCACCACCAGCUUAUCAGGCAUGA